AUGGUGGUGUGGUGUAAAUGUGUACUUUUUCUUUUCCAUCAGCUGCUGGGUCAGUUCAACUGUCUUGUUCAUCAAUUGGAACAUCCACAAAGUAAUCUUCCAGCUGAGCAAAUUAAAACCUGCCUAGAGAGAUUGAAGGACCUGACUUUGAAACCUGAAGAAUCUCCCACCCUGAACUUUGAGGCCGAUGUCCCUUCGCUCCGCCAAGCCAUUACAAACUUUGGGACUAUUAAAACAUUGGUUUCAGAUUCUGAGUACAAGAGUCCUUGCACCAUGGCAGCUGAUCUGGAUUACUGCUUCGUACCACUGCUGACAAAGAAAUCAUUCCCCAGUGGAAAGGAAUGCCCACUUGCUGACUGGCUGCGUAGUCCUCCUACACGGAUGCCAGUCUUAAACCUGCAGGAUUGUCUGCUGAAGCAGUCUGGUCAGGUUGCAAUGGAAUCAGACCCUUCUAAAUUGCCAGCCUGGGGACAUCAGCAGGGCCUUGAGAACUGGCUGCUUCCCAACCAGCAAAAGAGUCAUCCAGCUGAGAAUAUUGCUGCUCAACAACACACCCAAACUACCACCCCCAGCUGUAACCUGGGCCCAAAAGACCCAGGCUACUACAGGAUGCAGGCUUGGGGUCAUCGGCAAGGGCUUGAGCACUGGCUUCUUCCAAGCAAGCAGAAUGUUGACGCAGUUGAGAAGAUCACUGUCAAACAACGCCCUAGUUCCAGUAAUGAAAAGGCAAUCGAUCUGGGUUACUAUAGAUUGCAAGCUUGGGGUCAUCGACAGGGCCUUGAGCAUUGGCUACUUCCUGAGAAACAGAAAUCCAGUUGUCCCAAGAAUACCCCUCCACGUCAGCACAGUGAGUCAUCUGAUAGUUCUUCCACCUUUGAACUGAUAGAGGAAUUUGAUAUGGAAGUUUCAGAUCAAGAAUCAGAAGAGGUGAGCCCAACUUCUGGAUCACUGAUUGUCACUGUCACUGAUGUGAAGAGCACACAUGGCAACAUCACCGAAGACAAGUGGAAAUCCGUAACUCAGCCUUUCAGAGAGAAGUUUACCACCAAUGAAUGGCUUUUGAAACCUAGCAAGUCUGAAUCUUGUGGUAGCUGCUGUGGUGUUCAGACAAAAGCAGUAGAGAUAGAAAACCUUGGCAAGCUGAAGUGCCUGAGUGAGCACCAUAGUACCAAGAAACCUUCGCCAGCUCCACCAAACAGUGCCCGCCAUCUUCAGCCGCUGUUGCCAAUCCGAGUGGCAGAUGUGUGUAAAGCCAAUGAGCAGUGCAGCAGCUUCUCGGAGUGUGUGUGUGGCCGGAGUUGUGAAAAGGAGGCGGUCAAUGAAUGGCUACUUAAGCAAGCAGGAAGAGACAAGAAUGGUGUGCAGAUAGAGCAGCCGAACAAAUGCAGUACAGAGCAGCAGAAGACCGAGUUAGACCAGUGGCUGCAUCCCCAGUCAAAAGUCACAAAAGAAUCUGAAUUCUCUCUCAACCCUGUGAAAUCACCUGAAGCUGUGAAGUCAAAGGCUCCAGUCAACACUGUACCCAAGGACACAGAGAAGGGAGAUGAGCACGAAAUAGAGAAUAAAUUCUUGUUGCGCAAAAAAGCACACGACCUGAAUGGUAUUCCCGAAGUAUCCAGUCUGUUGUCUAAUCUGAAUCUUGCUGUCAACCGAGAGAAGCUUCCUACAAAGGAGCAAUCCAUCUCAUUUGGCAACCUGUUUACUCACUUUAAGGAACCAUUUGAUCCAGAGAAAUGGCUAUACAAAGGUCCACGUCGGAUUGAACAAGGACCACAGGGAGUCUAUAUCCCAAAGAUCAGCGGAGUCUGUUGAUCAGAAGUGAUUGGACAAGAGCCCUCAAAUUAGCUUUGAACCACCAAUUUUAAAGAUAAAUUUGGCUGGCUGACUUACCUUUGGAACCACAUCAGACUCUCACCUUACUCCCCUGGAGAUUCUGCUCAAUCAAAUUCUUGCUUCUGCCUUGGACUGCUGUGUUUAAGUUCUCAUGUGAAACUGGGUGGCGACAGCACAAUGGGAAAGUCAAUGUAAUCUGAUCAGUGUUUUUCUCUAUUCCUCCUCUCUCUCCUGUCACAUUUAGAAAAGUGGCCUUUUUCAUCUUUGGUGAUAUGUAGCUCAUCCUAGAGCUGACACGCAUGGGGCAUAGUCCGUGAUGCUGUUAGGUUAUAUUGUCUAACCUACUGCAUUAAUUAACUUUCACAACAGAGUUCUGAAUACAAUCUGAUUGGCAGUGAUGUUAAUUUUACUUGGUGCAAGGAGUCUAGAAUGCAAGAGGAUGAAAUUGGUCUAAUGAUCUACUCCUGAAUGCCUUGUAAUGUUGACUAUUGUGUAAUACUUGGAAGAGUAUAUGUGAUGGCCUUGCUAUAGUACUAGGCAUUUGAGUAGAUACAGUAAGUGUUAUGGGAGCACAACAGUCUUUGAUGACCGGCCAAGUACAAAAUUGUCUCUUAGCCUGCCAUAAAGCCAAACACUUUGAAGAGAUAAUCCAGUCCAGUGAUAAAAACCCAUGUUUCAGAGCAAGUGAGUAGACUAUUCUGAAUCUUGGAAUGCUUAUGCUGAAGCUGCAAGUAUUCCCACCCUGCCAGAUUUGGCAGGUUGGAGAUAAUUGACAUUCCCCUUCACUGGUUUACCUAUUUACCUUGUACUGAUGUGCCAAUGUUAUAGUUUGGAAGAGAUUUAAAUUUUGUAACUCUUGGUAUGUGGAAACUUCAUAUUACAUGUUUCAGAAUUUGAUUUCCUUGCCAAAAGAAAUUGAAUUUCAAAAGGGGCUGCAGCAACAGUUAUCCGAAGUUUUAAUAUUGUGUACAAGAGAAGUGAUUAAUUGAACCCAAAACUCCCUUUUUCCCCUUGGGGUGUUUGAUAACCCAUCUCAUUAUAUUGUUAAUUUAAUUCUGAUUAUUGACCCAAAUGGGAUGAAUAUUAAAGAUGUUGGCUGUUUUAAUGUAGCAAUUGAAAUAUAAAAGUUACUAAAAUUUUAUUCCGGUGAUUCUUAAUUUUUUAGAUGAUAUGUUCUGGUUUCAAAUAACAGACCAUGGGAGGGAGGAGUGAAUCUAGUCAUGCGAAGUUCAUGGUGGAAAGCUGCCAGUUGCAAUGUUCUCUUUCACUGACUGAAAGCUGGCAAUAAACUCACCACUGAUGGGUCAUUCAGCUGCAGUUGACAACACCAGCUCAAUUUAUGACCUCUUCAGUCUUGUCUUGGUGCUUUUCAGUUAAUGCCAACAGCCUGUAGAGCUGAAGGAAAGAUGAUUACUAUCCUGUCACUUUGUAGGGGUUGCAGCCACUUCUCUCUCUCUCUCUCUCUCUAUAGUGAGUGCAUGUCCUUAGUGUAGAGCAUUCAAUAUUUUUUGAUAUCUACAAUUAAAUUAUUUCUCAAUUCAAAUUAGCAUUUUGUCCUUUGGUCCUGUUUUGGUCAAAUUGUCAUUGAGGAUUUAAAUCUGUUAACAAUUGUGAUUAAUAACCAAGUCCAACGUGUGCAUAUACCACCAUAAGUGAGAGGGUUAUGUAGUCCUGCUGGUGCACCACGAGCCUAUAUAAACUUUGUUACAAUCUGUUUCAUUGGCAUAGCCACUAGUCCUUCUGUUUUGUAAUCAAAAGUAAAGGGAAGUGACUGAUCUAAAUUAUAUUUUUCUUCCUUAUGAUUUAAAAACUAAGACAUUGUUUCCUUGAUUAUCCUUAUUUAUGGAUAUUGUUUUUGAGUGAUCUUUAAAGUAUGUAAUCAUCAAUAAAUUGCAGCAAAACUGAA